CUUACGACUUCCGGGAGAUUUCCAGAAACGUGCCGAACAGCGUUGACUGUAACGAAGCGGUGUCAGUAAACACUUUAAAUUAGACAAUAAAGAAAUAAGUGUAUUUUCUCAAACGCAACGGUCCUGAUUAUUUGACUAAAAAUGGCAAAAUGGGGAGAAGGAGAUCCUCGGUGGAUUGUAGAAGAAAGACCAGACGGUACUAACGUAAAUAACUGGCACUGGACUGAGAAGAAUGCCACAAAUUGGUCAAAAGACAAACUGAAGGAACUAUUAAAUGGAUUAAUUGUUGAAGAUGAUGAAUGUUACUGUGAAAUAAAUUCCAUGACAACAUUAGAUGGGGAAGCUUCAGCAAAUAACAGAAAAGGAAAACUUAUAUUCUUCUAUGAAUGGACUAUUGCAGGGGAAUGGUCAGGAAACCUUAAAGAUGGUGUUAAGAAACAUAAAGGGAAGUUUGAAAUUCCAAAUUUAAGUGAGGAAAAUGAAGCUGAUGAAGUAAAUUUUGAAGUGACAAUUGACAAAACAACAGAUGAAUCAUAUAAAGUAAAAGAAAUGAUGAGAAAGAAAGGCCAAGAUUUAGUUCGGAAGCAGAUUGCAAAGUACAUGAAAGAGCUGAAAGAAGAAUAUGGAAAAGGGAUUGUCCUUCCCACCAAGGGAAGUGCUACAACGACUGCCACAGAAAAGAAACACACUGAAAACAAAAUGCGACAAGAAAUGAACAAAAUGAUAAUAAAUCAGUCAAAAGAAAAAGUGGGUGUGAGAAUCCAUACCAAGACACUCACAGACAAGGAAGAAUUCAAGUGUCGUGCAGAGGACCUGUACAGAGCUUUAACAGAUAAGGAGAUGGUGCAGGCUUUUACCAGUGGUCCUGUAUCAAUGGAGGUGGAGAAGGGUGGACGAUUCUCAUUUCUCAAUGGGAAUAUCACAGGGGAAUUUGUGGAAUUGGUACAACCAAUGAAAAUCGUUCAAAGGUGGAGAGUGAAAAAUUGGCCAGAGGAACACUAUUCAGUGGUGACCUUUGACCUGGUAGAGAAGGAGGAUUGUACAGUAUUGAAUAUAACACAAACAGGUGUCCCCGACACUGAACUAGAAAAAACCCGUGAAGGUUGGAAAGUGAACUACUGGAACAGAAUCAAACAAAUAUUUGGAUUUGGCUCAAACAUAUUUUGUUGACGACGUGUUUAUAUAAAUGCGAGAAAUUGGUACAUUAGAAAAAAAACUAGGUUAUAAUUUACCCGAGAGGUUUUUUGGGGAGUUCACAAUCAACGGACCCUGAUGAGCUAUUUGAUCUCCCUGUGACAUUCAUAAAAGUUAAUGCCGUGGCCUCCUUGCCAGAGGGAAAACUGAUGAACUGGAACACAGACAUCAUAUUGCAUGUCGUUCAAGUAGCUUUGUCAGUUCUUUCAGUUGAACAGAUCCAAUCAAUAUCAAUGAAUUCAAUAUGAAAUUAGGGAACAUUGUCUACUGUUUAUCCUGAUUUUUCAAAUAGAUGCGAUAACUUCUCUCCAGAUAUAUGAUAACACCACAGAGAAACUGGUAUGGUAACCGGCUGUACGAUAGCAUUGGAUCCAUACAUUUCCUACUUUUGUCACACACAUGAGUUUUGUUGUUGUUCAUGUUGGACUUUGACUAGUAAUAAACAAGAAAUGAAUUGAUUAAAGACAAUAAUACCAGGAUAACCUUGACAUUUAUGUGACUAUACAAUUUCUGUUAUCGAGUCAUACAAUAUAUUUUUAUGUUCCUACUAUCAGUGUCAUCAUUCCACCACUUUCACUUCUCGUUUCCUUGUGAUGAAUCUGUAUACAAUAGCAUUUAGUACACAAAUACCUCUACCAGAUUUGCAACUCGGAGUUAUACCCAGAUAGUUCCAAGGUCAAGGUCACCAUUAUUUUAAAAAGAAAAAUUUUGUUAUCUCUACUGGCUUCAUUUUUCUUUUGGUUUUUGAUGAAACUUAAUGCAAGUAUUCAUUAUACAAAUACCUUGAACAUGUUUCGGGGUCGUGUUUGUAAAGGUCAAGGUUACUGUUAUUAUAAAUAAACCUAUUGUCAUCAU